AUGACCCUUGACCAUGUCAACACGAUUAUAGGUAUUGCCUCCAACAAAUUGACAGAAUUACGGCGAAGACUGGUCCGAUCCUUACAACAAAUUCUCGCCAAUAUCACCAUAGUUCCUGUUGAUGCUCUUAUCUUCUUCAUCGAUAUCGGCGCCAAUGCGCUGCGUGAUGUGAUGAGACUGAUCGAUCUUGCUCUGGAUCCCCUGCUCGAUCAGUCUUGA